CUGCCUUCUGCCUUUCAGGUCCUCGAGUGCCUGGACUUGAGGGAAUGCAGAGACAGUGUUCUGGAGAUCAUGUCGAAGAACCUGCAGAGCAAAUACAGGGAGAGGCGUCACUUGGCACUCCGAGGAGUCACAGUGGCAAGCAAGAAUCCCUUGAUGGCUGAAAAAAUGUGGAGCCUGACUGAAAGUCUUGUGGAGCUCCUGGAGGAAAAAGACAGCGACGUGAUCAGGAUGACCAUUCUUCUACUCAGAUAUUUAUUUCUGGAUAAUGGUGCCCCAAUACCCACCUCCAUCGCCCUGCAGCUGGCUGAGGCGCUCCUGCCACUCUUUGACCGCGAUGAUAGCCAGGUGCAGCUGAGCUCCAUGACUAUCUUUCAAGAGAUGCUGGAGUUAUUAAUGGAAGAUGGAAAAAAGGCCCUGAAGUCACACGUGCUCCAGAGCCUGCUGCCACUCUCCUUCCACUGCCAUGAUGAGAAUCAGAUUGUUGCUGAGGCUCCCCGGGAAACACUGCAUUCUUCAGCCAGAUUCCUGAAGAGGAGGGAUAUCGAACAAAUGCUACAGGUGGAUCAGACAUGGAGGUUUGGCGAGGCCCUGGUAAGGACGACCGAUAAUCCCCAGCCUCAGCCUGGAGAAGGCAGCUGGAUGGCCGGGCGGCACCUCAGGGGGAAGAUGGAAGAGCUCCAGGUCAUCUGUGAUGCCCUUGAAGAAAUGGCAUUUGACAGCAAUCCUGCCAUCAGAAACCUUGCAAUAGAAACUGGGUUCGUUCUCCAGGCCAUACAGAGAGCUCCCUCCUCCACAUGGCUGUGGCGUGUGGAUCUGCCCCGCCGCUGGAUUCCCCCGCCUCUGUGCCCCAGGAGAGUGCAAAGCCGCCCCCGCCCCCGACAAGAGAGCGGACGGCUCCGCAACGGCAGCCGGCAGCCCCGUGCUGGGGAGCACAUCCAGUCCCCCUGCAUCGCGGCCAGCAAUUGA